GUAAUUUUGAACAAGCAAACGAGGAACUGAGGGCAAUUAUCAAGAAGAUCUGGAAGCGCACCAGUAUGAAACUUCUGGACCAAGUCAUCCCACCUAUAGGAGAUGAUGAGGUGACAGUGGGAAAGUUCUACGCCACCUUCCUGAUCCAGGAUUAUUUCAGGAAAAUGAAGAAGAGACAGGAAGAGUACUAUGGGUGCCAGCCCACCAAGAAAAGUGCUUCUUCUGGGAUACAGGCAGGGUUGAGGAACAUAGAGGAGGAGGCGGCUCCAGAGCUCCAUCGGGCCAUCUCUGGAGACCUUGUGACUGAAGAGGAGAUGGAGGGGGCUGCUGACGAAGAGGGCAUAUUCAGGAGACAUGGAAGUCUUUUUGGAACCUCAGACCCUUUCUCUGCAGAGAGCGAGGCAGCCAAUGGCAGCCAGGCCACCAGCCAGCGGCCCCUGCAGAGGGCAGGGUUCAACAACAGUUUGAACAUCACCAACGGCAACACAAGUCCCAGCCUUUAUUAACAUUAGAUUAAAGAUUUGUUUUUGGAUCCUUGAUCUUGGUCUGAGCGCUUCAGAGCCGUGGUGUCGGCAAAAUGGAGCGGCAGGAGCUUCUCACCGGAUGCAAAGGAGUGAUGCAAGGAGCUGCCAGGCUUAGAACCAAGAAAGCUCCAGAGCUGACCGUUACCUUGUCAUGCCGCACAACCCCGCCUGUUACAGAAAAAGCGUUCCUUGUCUUUUGAAAAUCACCAGCAUGGUGUAACUGCAAACACAACAUUCACAUAUCACUUACACACUUCCAGCCAUACACAUCGAGCACAGGAUCUCUCUCCUGCAGGAAGUAUCAGUUCUAACCUUUUGUGUGCA